UUGGGCAACAGGAGAAACCGCCAGGGGGUAAGAAGAAAGACAACGUCGCAAAUUACGGACUUAAAAACUUAAAAUUUCCUUAGCUGGCGGGGUGAUCAAACUGAGCGGCGGCGUGACAUCCAUUGUAGAGAAGUAAACGGGCCCCCCAGAACGAGUCAGGAUCGAGGGUCAUUAUGAGAUGUCGUCUCUCGGCGCCUCCUUUGUGCAAAUCAAGUUCGAUGACAUCCACUUCUACGAGAACUGCGGUGGGGGCAGCUUCGGGAGUGUCUACCGGGCCAAGUGGAUCUCGCAGGACAAAGAGGUGGCGGUGAAAAAGCUGCUGAAGAUCGAGGAGGAGGCAGAAAUCCUCAGUAUUCUGAGUCACAAGAACAUCAUUCAGUUCUAUGGAGCCGUCCUGGAAGCGCCCAACUACGGCAUCGUCACAGAGUAUGCCAGUGGAGGGUCUCUGUAUGAGUACCUGUCCAGGGAGGAGAGCGAGGAGAUGGACAUGGAGCAGAUCAUGGCUUGGGCCAUACAGAUCGCCAAAGGAAUGCACUACUUACACUCAGAAGCCCCCGUAAAGGUCAUUCACAGAGACCUGAAAUCCAGGAACGUGGUGAUGACCACAGACAAAGUGCUAAAGAUCUGUGACUUUGGGGCGUCCCGGUUCCACUCCCACACCACACACAUGUCGCUGGUGGGCACGUUCCCAUGGAUGGCCCCCGAGGUGAUCCAGAGUCUGCCCGUGUCUGAGACCUGCGACACGUACUCCUACGGGGUGGUUCUCUGGGAGAUGCUGACGCGAGAGGUCCCCUUUAAGGGUCUAGAGGGGUUACAAGUGGCCUGGCUGGUGGUGGAGAAAAACGAGAGAUUGACCAUUCCCAGCAGCUGCCCUGCCAGCUUCGCCGAGCUGAUGAGGAAGUGCUGGGCGACAGAACCCAAGGAAAGACCAAUGUUCAAACAGAUCCUGACCACCCUGGAGUCCAUGUCUAAAGACAGCCAGCUGCCUGAGCAGUGCAAUUCCUUCCUGCACAAUAAAGCCGAGUGGAGGUGUGAGAUCGAGGCCACGCUGGAGAGGCUGAAGAAGCUGGAGAGAGACCUCAGCACCAAGGAGCAGGAGCUGAAGGAGAGGGAGCGGCACCUGAAGAUGUGGGAGCGCAAGCUGAUGGAGCAGUCCAACAGCCCGCUUUUCUUCCCUGUCGCUGCGAAGAUUAGCGCCGAGUCCUUCUACGAGCGUAAGACGGAGGAGUCGAACAGCUCGGAGGUGUCGUGUCAGAUCACGGCCUGCAGUAACGGGGAGGUGGGCGGAGCCAACCUGCAGGCCAUGAUGGCGGGGAUCGGGAAUGUGUUUGCCACGGAAGGGGGGGGCCCGGUCCUGCAAUCUGGCAUGCAGGUCAACAUACAGGCCAAGCAGAACUCCUCCAAGUCCAGCUCCGUCAGAGAGGGACGCAAAAUCAACAUGGCCGUGGCGAUGGGCGAUUUUGAUUGGUCUGAUGACAGCGAUUAAGCCCCGCCCUCCCCCGUGCCCCAAUCUGUCCCAUGGUAGCAGUUUGGUGGGUGUCACUCGCCCGCUGUUGCCUGCGUCAGAAACACAGUC